ACAUCACAGCUUAUUAAACAUCAAAGAAAUCACAUUGUAGAUAAACCAUUUAAAUGCUUGGAGUGUGGAACAAGCUUCAGUAAGGACUCCGCUCUAAGGAGACAUCAAAGAAUUCACACAGGAGAGAAACCAUUUAGAUGCUGGGAAUGUGGAAAGAGCUUCAAUCAGAGCUCACAUCUUAAAGAACACAAAAAAAUUCACACAGGAGAGAAACCGUUUAGAUGCUUGGAGUGUGGAAAGAGCUUCAAUCGGAGCUCAACUCUUAGCACACACCAAAGGAUUCAGACAGGAGAGAAACCAUUUAGAUGCUCAGAGUGUGGAAAGAGCUUCAGUCAGAGCUCACAUCUUAGAAGAUCUCAAAGAAUCCACACAGGAUAGAAACUGUUUAGAUGCUUGGAGUGUGGAAAGAGCUUCAACAAGAGUAUAAAUCUUAAGAAACAUCAAAGAAUUCGUACAGAAGAGAAACCAUUGAGAUGCUUGGAGUGUGGAAAGAGCUUCGGUCAGAGCUCAUAUCUGAAGAGACACCAAAUAAUUCACAGGGUUGAAAAACCAUUUAAAUGUCUUGAAUAAAAAGAAUAAAGGAAAAACCAUUUAGAUGUCAAAA